UUUACCUGGGGGAGCUGAGGGCGAUGAUGAGGAAGAUGCUGCAGGAUGAAGAUCUGCUCAGCACAGUCAGGUAGACGCCGUUACCAUGGUAACCAGUACUUCCUGCCCUCUGAUUGGCUGUCUCUGCUGCAGCCGGGUCAGCAGAACCGAUCAUCCUCCAGGAUCCUCAGAGGGAACGGUUCUGGCCUCAGAGGUUCUGGCUCGGUUCAGGAAGCUGCAGAUGGAUCGGACCUGGACCGAGUCGCUGUUCGCUACGCUGCAGGUACCAGACAGGUCCGUCACCAGUUCCCUCCACCUGGUGGAUUCUGCAGGUCUGGUUUCUGAACAGAUUCCUCUGAACCCGUCUGAUUACUGUCCGUACAGCGCCACAGGAAAUUACACGGGGGGCGUGGUCUACGCCCACUACGGCCGUCCAGAGGAUUUCAACUGGCUGAGGAGUGUCGGCGUGUCGGUGGUCGGUCACCUGGUGGUGAUGCGGGUCGGGGGCGGAGUCAGCUUCGCUGAGAAGGUCCGAUUGGCCCAGAGGAACGGAGGCGGAGCUCUGAUCUACCCUGACCCCGCUGACCUGCCACAGGAUCCCCGGCGCCUCGGACUGAACGCUCACACCGCCGUGUCUGAACAUGUGCACCUGGGGUCAGGUGACCCCUUCACUCCCGGCUUCCCGUCCUUCAAUCUCUCCCGGUUUCCUCCCAUCCCGUCCUCUGGCCUCCCGCUGAUCCCGGCGCUGCCAAUCACCGCUACUGUAGCCGCCAAGCUGCUCAGCCAGCUGUCGGGUCCUCCCUGUCCGCCAUCUUGGAGAGGGCGGCUGCCGUACGUCCGCUGCGUUCUCGGUCCGGACUUCGGUUCUGGUCGGAGAGUCCGGCUGUCGGUCCAGAACCUGAUGACUCCGGUUCUGCUCAACAACAUCUUCUCUUCCCUGGAGGGCCGAGAGCCAGACCAGUACGUCAUACUGGGAGCCCAGCGAGACUCUCUGGGUCCAGGAGCCGUGAAGUCUGGAGUCGGAACCGCCGUCCUGCUGGAGCUGGCCAGAACCUUCACCUCCAUGGUGAAGAACGGUUUCAGUCCACGCCGCAGUCUGCUGUUCGUCAGCUGGGACGCUGGAGUUGGGAACGUCGGAGCGACGGAAUGGCUCGAGGGUUACCUCUCCAUGCUGCACCUGAAGGCCGUGGCCUACUUCAGUCUGGAUCAGGCCAUCAUGGGUGAUGAUCACCUGUCGGCCUCCACCAGUCCUCUGCUGGUCGACCUGCUGGACGCCGCCAUCAGACAGGUGGAGCAUCCCAAACAUGCAGGUCAGACCAUCUACAGCCAGGCGGAGAGAGACGGAGGCAGCUGGAGGAUCAUCAAACCGCUCUACCUGAACAGCGGCGCCUACAGCUUCACUGCAUUUGCUGGAGUUCCUGCCAUGGAGCUGAGGUUCACUGAGGACAGAGCCUAUCCGUUCCUCAACACGCCGCUGGACACCGUCCCUCGCCUCCAGGAGGUGCUGGGGGGUCGUCUGGGGGUCACUGGGCGGAGCCUGGCGGAGCUGGUGGGGGAGAUGGUGCUGCGAUUGGUCCAUGACCACAUCCUGCCGCUACGCAUCACUUCCUACGCUCAGACGGUGCUGCAGUUCAGCGCUCACCUCAACAAGCACUCAGCUGAGCUGCAGUCCAGAGGCGUCUCUCCUCAGUGGCUCUUCAGCGCCAGAGGAGAUUACAGUCGGGCAGCAGAGACUCUGCAGAGAGCCGUCGACUACAGCGACCUGCACGACCCGAACACGGCCCGGUUCUACAACACCAGGAUCAUGAAGGUGGAGUACUACUUCCUGUCUCAGUACGUGUCGGCCAUGGAGACGCCGUUUCGUCAUGUGAUCCAUGGGCGGGGCAACCACACUCUGAGCGCGCUCACCGAGCAUCUGACCCUGCUGACCUCUGACCCCGGACACUUCAACGAGAACCGCUUCAGACGGCAGCUGGCUCUGUUCACCUGGACCCUGCAGGGGGCGGCGAACGCUCUGAACGGAGACGUGUGGAGCAUCCGGCACACACACACCUACACACACUGA